GCGGGGAGGCGCGGAGGACGAGCUGCUGGUCGAUCCCCUCCCCGAGGUGCUGCCUCCGGCGUCGUCUUCACCGCCCACGAUCCCGAGCUGCUGCCAACGACCAUAAAUACGAGCAGCUGCUGCUGCCGGCCGUCGAGGAUGAGAACUGAAUGGCGGCGGGGAGGCGCGGAGGACGAGCUGGUACGUGGUCGCCUGCCCGAGUUGCUGCCUCCGGCUCCGUCUUCUGCGCCCACGCCCCGAGCUGCUGCCAACGGCCAUAAAUACGAUUAGCUGCUGCUGAUUCCGGCCGUCGACGAUGCACAAAAGAUCAAGGCUAAGAAUCAGCUAGAUUCUUACUUUCUGUAGCCCGCCUAGUCUGCUGGAGGGGGAGGAUGACACGGCCUGGCCUCUCCUCGCCUCCGGCCGUUCCGGCUCCAGCGGUGCUGCAGCUGCUGUGGGGUGGCUCCGGCUUUUCUUGUAAAGUUCAGCAGGGGAGGAUACACGGCCUGGCCUCUCCUCGCCUCCGGCCGUUCCGGUUCCAGCGGUGCUGCAACUGCUGUGGGGCGGGUCCAGCAAUUCUUUUAAUGAUCAUAUGGGUUGACGGCAGGUUGUUCUACCUGGAGGAGUUGUGUUGUGUCCGCAGCUGGGGAAGGGAGGGUUCUGUCCCGAGGAGGAGGAGGUCACUGGCCGGCUGCUUUCUUUGGUAUGUCCGUGGCGACCUUUGCAUGGCCCAGCGGUGCUGCUACGGUGGUGGUGGCGGCUGCCUGUGUGUUAUACAUACUGUUUGGGAUGUACGGAUUGUUGUAGUGUUUGAGUGGUCCUAAGAUUGGAACGGCCACAUCUUGUUGUAAUUAUAACUGCACGUUGUGCGUUUUUUUGUUGAUAUGGCUUGUAUCGGUCAGUAGUGCUGAGCAAGACAUGUGAUUUAUCAGUUAUUUUGUUGUUUGACCUGAAAUGUAUGUUAGAAAUUAGUGCGGGUCAUGACAAGUUUUUUCUUGAACUUGCUGAUCAAUGUAAGAUUGGAACUUGCUGAUCAAGAUGGUAGGUUGGCGAGAGAAAAAGAAGGUUCAAUCGAUACAUGCAUAUUA